CCCGUCUGUUCUGACGAUAGCCAUUUCCAAAAUAUUUUCUUUACCUGCUAUCUGUUCUGCUUUUAUUUCUCCACGAAACUGCCUCAGUUUGGGUUCCUCAACCAUCGUCCUUCCAGAGCUGAUCGAUUGUGAUCCGAAACUACUCUUAUCAGGUGCGAGUCCUCUCCAUUUUCUAAGGCUUCUUGCGCAAGUUUAUGGGCAUAAACAUUUUCUGAUCUGUGAAUAAACUGAAAAUUAAUUUCUUGAAAACGAGAUUUUUUGCUUUAAAUAUCCCUAAUAAUAGCUCCAAUAACUAAUUUAUCUGGUUUUUUUGUUUGGCAUUUCUUGAUGACUGCUCGUGAGUCCCCCAUGAUUGCCACUGAGAGUAUACCCAUUGAAAUUCCUAACGUAAUGGCCUGUAAUCCUACAUAUGCUUCUGCUGCAAACGGAGAUAAAACGUUAUUAUGAAGGACAAUCUUCGAUGCUAGAAUCUCGCCUAUCAGACCCCGAACCACCAGACCCAAAGUCGAUUUGGAGUUUCUUUUGUCAAAAGCUGCAUCAAACUGAAUCGUCACCCUCGUGUUCUCUUCUCGUUGUCUAUGGCUUCUAUUCACAUUUAUGGUUGACCAUAAAGUACAGUAAAAAAGUCGGCACUGUUUACAAGUACCCCUCUCGAAAACCUAGGGCAUUGUUGAAAGACAUGAUAACUAUCUUCUUUCCAAGUGCAACAGAGAGGACAUAUAACAUUUGUGGCCACUCGUUUAUGUCUGAGAUUUAUUAGGGUAGGGAUGUAGUUCCAGGAAAUUCGCCAUAUUAUGAUUGUAAUUUUUUAUGGUAGCUGUAGAUUCUAUAGUUUAUUGUAAAAUCCUUAAUUUUGGCCUGUAUUAAGUAAUUACUAGGACCCAAGUUAGCAUCUUGUAAUAGUUUAUAGGCGCUUCGAACUGAGAAUUCACCAGUGGGUUCUCCUUUCUACACUUGGAAGUCAUCAUGAACUGUUUUCGCUAGAGGAAUCUGCAAAAUUUUCUGAGCUAUGUCCGCUUGAAAGGUAUUGUUUAUUAAAUCCGCCUUCGAAGUAUUAUUUGUGAUAUCAAUUAGAUCCGAAACUAACUUGAUUUCUUCAUUGUCGGUUCUGUUUUUCUAUCUAUCUGUAUCAAUUCCCUAAAUCCAUCGGUUGUCCCAAACAGAAAUCUCAUUCCCUCUACAAACCCUCCAGCACAGGCCACUUUACAGGAGACCCUU